GGAGGGAGGAGAAUGAGGAGGGGCUCGAGCCUAUGACUUCACAACCAGAAAGCCCUAAAGCAGGCGGCGCCGAGGCUGCAGGUUCUUCAGUCUGCAAGGAGCUGCAACAGCAAUAGAAGCACCGGUGCUUCCUCCCCGGACCCUGCUUCACCGGGAGCUCGCUUGAGAGCCCAGCGGCGCGGGCUGCUAGAGGCUGGGGUCCCGGGAUCCCGUGGCGUGGUUCAGGAAACAUCAGUACUCCCUGAAGGCUGCUGUCAUUCAUCCCUGGUGAUGACUCCAGUGUGACCUGAAGGAUUGAGGCUGCCUAUACAGUGAAUGAAUGUUAUGAAAAAUGCUUUGUAAAACACAGUCGAGUCAUUCUUAAGAAGUUGUCCUUUGCUGGACUCAGAUCUUUUGCCUGCCUGAUCUAAAAUGGACCUGCAUCAAAUUUCUAGCCCUGACUUCCUCUGAUGUGAUGAAAUUGAAUCAGCUUCUAUAAAAAUGCAGCCUGUCUCUCCUCUCCUGAAGAAAAACAACUUUCUGGCUGCUGCCAUGCCAGGGGAAUAGGGCUCAGAGACAGGACAUUCCUGGAAAUAGUCGUGGUCAGAGUCAGCAGGGAGAAGCACACCAUUGCCCAUGACACCAUGACAGCAAGAGAACACAGCCCACGUCAUGGCUCCAAGUCUCGUUCAGUACAACGGGCCUCAACUAUUGACGUUACCUCUGACAUGCUGGGACUGUCUCUGGCGGGAAAUAUCCAAGAUCCAGACGAGCCCAUAUUAGAAUUCAGCUUGGCUUGCAGUGAGCUGCAUACUCCAUCGCUAGAUCGAAAACCAAAUAGUUUUGUAGCUGUGAGUGUAACAACUCCUCCUCAGGCAUUCUGGACAAAGCAUGCACAGACAGAGAUUAUAGAGGGAACUAACAAUCCUAUAUUUCUAAGCAGUAUCGCGUUCUUUCAAGACUCCCUUAUCAAUCAGAUGACACAAAUCAAACUAUCUGUUUAUGAUGUCAAAGACAGAUCUCAGGGAACAAUGUAUUUAUUGGGUUCUGGGACGUUCAUAGUCAAAGAUCUGCUCCAGGAGAAAUACCAUAGGUUGCAUUUAACACUAAGGUCUGCUGAAAAUGAUCGUGUAGGUAACAUUACUGUAAUAGGAUGGCAAAUGGAAGAAAAAUCAGACCAGCGGCCCCCUGUAACGAGGUCACCUGAUACAGUUAAUGGGAGGACUGUUCUGCCAGUAGAUGAAAGCUUGACAGAAUCAUUAGGAAUCCGAUCCAAGUAUGCUUCCUUGAGGAAAGAUUCAUUACUGAAAUCAGUAUUUGGUGGAGCCAUCUGUAGAAUGUAUCGUUUCCCUACAACUGAGGGGAAUCAUCUAAGGAUCUUGGAGCAGAUGGCUGAAAGUGUCCUCUCCCUACAUGUUCCUAGACAGUUUGUAAAACUACUUUUAGAAGAAGAUGCAGCAAGGGUUUGUGAGUUGGAAGAAUUGGGAGAGCUCUCUCCUUGCUGGGAAAGUCUCCGUCGACAAAUAGCUACUCAGUACCAAACAAUAAUACUAACGUAUCAAGAAAACCUAACUAACUUACAUCAGUACAAAGGCCCCUCAUUUAAAGCAAGCAGCUUGAAAGCUGAUAAAAAGUUGGAAUUUGUACCCACAAAUUUGCACAUACAGAGAAUGCGAGUCCAAGAUGAUGGAGCAUCAGAUCAGAACUAUGAUAUCAUAACCAUAGGAGCAGCGGCAGCGCAUUGCCAAGGCUUUAAGUCAGGAGGUCUUCGAAAGCGGCUGCACAAAUUUGAAGAGACCAAGAAACACAGUUAUGAGGAAUGUUGUACCUCACCCAGCUGCCAGUCAAUAAUAUACGCACCACAGGAUAUCAUCAGAGCGAAGGAGAUUAUUGCCCAGAUCAACACCUUAAAAACCCAAGUCAGUUAUUAUGCUGAAAGACUGUCAAGGGCAGCCAAGGAUAGAUCAGCUAAUGGCCUUGAAAGAACACUUGCCAUCUUAGCAGAUAAGACAAGACAACUGAUUACUGUCUGUGACUGUAAAUUAUUGGCUAAUUCAAUACAUGGCCUAAAUGCUGCUAGACCUGAUUACAUUGCCUCCAAAGCAUCUCCCACCUCAACUGAGGAGGAGCAGGUAAUGCUAAGGAAUGAUCAAGACACUCUUGUGGCAAAGUAUACUGGAAGGAAUAGUCGCUCUCUCCAUGCAGAUUGGCAUGAGGCAGAAUGGGAAAAAGUUUGGUUGAAUGUCGACAAAAGCCUGGAGUGCAUCAUCCAGCGAGUCGACAAACUUCUCCAGAAAGAGCGAUUACACAGUGAGAGCUGUGAAGAUGUUUUCCAGUGUGAUGUCAGUGGGCCUAGUAAGAAAGGUAAUCGGGAUAAUCGAGCCUAUUGGAUAAUACCGGAAUCCUCCCAUGCAUCCUCAUCAUGCUCCUCCUCCAUGCCAUCUGCUUCAUUCCAUUCUCAUAGGAGCACAAAUAGCAGUCCCCCUCCUGAAGAAUCCAGUCCAGGUGAAUGGAGUGAGGCCCUUUACCCCUUGCUGACGACCCUCACAGAUUGCGUAGCCAUGAUGAGUGACAAGGCCAAGAAAGCGAUGGUCUUCCUGUUAAUGCAGGACAGCGCUCCAACAAUAGCUAUGUACCUGAAGCUCCAGUAUCGCAGGGAUGUUGUCUUCUGCCAAACUCUGACUGCGCUCAUUUGUGGGUUCAUACUCAAGCUAAGGAACUGCCUCCAUGAUGAUGGUUUCCUGCGUCAACUCUACACUAUUGGUUUAUUGGCCCAAUUUGAAAGCCUCCUCAGCACUUAUGGUGAGGAAUUAGCCAUGUUGGAAGACAUGAGUCUGGGAAUUAUGGACUUGAGGAAUGUAACUUUUAAAGUAACGCAGGCCACAUCAAAUUCAUCAACAGACAUGCUCCCUGUAAUUACAGGAAAUCGUGAUGGAUUUAAUGUGAGGAUUCCAUUGCCUGGUACUCUAUUUGAUGUGCUGCCCCGUGAGAUUCAGAGUGGUAUGCUUCUAAGAGUUCAACCUGUGCUUUUCAACGUGGGAAUUAAUGAGCAGCAAACCUUGGCAGAGAGGUUUGGAGACACAUCUUUGCAAGAAAUUAUUAAUGUGGAGAGUUUGGUGAGAUUAAAUUCUUACUUUGAGCAGUUUAAGGAAGUUUUACCUGAUGAUUGUCUACCUCGAUCUCGUAGUCAAACGUGCCUGCCUGAGCUGUUGCGGUUUCUGGGACAGAAUGUACAUGCCAGGAAGAAUAAGAAUGUUGACAUUCUCUGGCAAGCUGCUGAGGUGUGCCGAAGACUCAAUGGUGUCCGAUUUACCAGCUGCAAGAGUGCCAAGGACAGAACAGCUAUGUCAGUGACCCUGGAGCAAUGUCUGAUCCUUCAGCAUGAACAUGGAAUGGCUCCCCAGGUCUUCACACAGGCUCUGGAUUGCAUGAGGAGUGAGGGUUGUCGACGAGAAAAUACAAUGAAGAAUGUUGGAUGUCGCAAGUAUGCAUUUAAUUCCCUGCAGCUGAAGGCUUUCCCAAGGCAUUACAGGCCUCCAGAAGGAACUUAUGGAAAAGUUGAAACAUAAUUAUAAUGUGUCCUCUAAUUAGCUAUUACAGAAUACAUUGAAUUCUUUAUGAAGACCAGAAUUUUUUUUAACAUUUCACCCUAGAUUCUAUUGAGCAUGUUAUCUUAUUGCAUUGGAAUCAGUAGGAAAGAAUGUUUUGGCGCAAUAGUUUAUGUAGUGGUGACUGCCCCUUUAAAUAGCCUUCAGUCCUGUGUGAGUUACACAAAAACCAUGAAAUUGUUCCUUGUAUUCAACAACUAGGUACAUCCAGGAUGCUAAAGGACUUUUUAUAAAUGGCCACUUAGCUAUUUCACAUAGCAACCUUUUCUAUUCAGUUGAUUUAAAGUUGAGUUUUUCAUAAUAUUGUACUGUAAAAAAUUAGAAACACAGUUAAUAAUAAAGUAAUUGGAACUGAGGCAACCCCAUACACAUUGACAGAAUCAGGCAAAGUCAGCUUAUAACUCCAGGAAAAUAAAUUUUCCCAUUAUGAGAGCUUUGUGAAGUUUCAAAGCCAUUGGAGAUUUUUCCAGGUAUUUUUUAUGUGAUUGUACCUUAUUGGAAGAUGACAACUGCUUCCCAUAUCAUGUAACUGAAAUUCCCUAGUCUAUUUCAAUAGCUGUGUGUCUUGGCAAAUCAUUUUUGUAAUUAAUCUUGCAGAUUAAAAACCAACAUCAAAAUAUAUUAGUUUUUCUUUUUUUCCUCUCAUCCUUAUACUCCUUACUUUUAAGCAUCUUGUUAACAAAUUAGGAUUCUACCUUUUAAAGUUACACAAAACUUCUCUUGGACUCAACUGAAAUCCCAUCCAUCCCCAGCCAAAAAGGAGGCAUUUUUACUGCCAGAUCAAUAUGCUGAAGUAUGUUCUUAGAAUUUCAUGAAGCAAAUGUUAUCAAUAUUUGAAUGAAGGAAGUAUAAAUAUUUCUAAAGCUAACCUUCAAAGGCUAUUCUUUUACCUCUUUAUUUAAUUUAUUCCUUUUUUAUUUUUUGAGGCAUAAAUAAGACCAUAUUUCAGUGUCUUUGAAAUGCCUAGUUAUCUAAUUCAUGGGAAUUUCUAAUUUAUUUUUUCCUUUAUGCCUGUUAUGAGGUAGCCAGCAACUGUUGAAUCAGUUGGGUCUGUCUCCUUCCAAUCUUCAAACGGAUUUUUGUUCCCUCAGAGCCUUGGGAAUUGCAACAUAUAUUCUAUAAUCAUGGCAAAACAUUUCAGAACUUCUUAAAAGCGUAAGACUUUACUUUUUCUCCUCCAUAUUUCAAGGCAAGUUGAAAAUCAAAAGCUAAAGACCUGAUCAUUUAUUUUCUGUAAGGAAUAAUGAAUAUGAUAUGCAUUUCAUGGAGUUUUGGGGUUUUUUUGGGAAUGCUUGUGUGCGUGUGUUUCAUCAGUUCUGUUAAUCAUGGUUGUCUUAGAGAUGUUCUUUGGGUAAAUUGUUCUUAAGAUUAUAUCGAAACUUUUGGUCCAUUCUUACAUUACCCAAACUUGAUCUGUGUAAAUGUAGCUUUUUAAUAUAGCUAAAGAAUAAAAACCAUGAAAAGGUCAUUGAUGGAUAAUUACCCAUGUCUAAAAUUUUAGGAAUUAGGUUUACUUCUGUCUUUUUUUUUCCCUCCAAAAAUGGAGGAAUUUAAAAUAUAUGACUGUUUUCUAUGUACUGUAUGUUUAUUUAUAUGAAUAAAGGAAGUAGAAUUAUUCAAAUAUAUGUUUGUAUGUAUGCGUGUGACACAUAUACAUACAUGCAUAUACAGAAUUGAAAGCUGGCAGAAUUGUUUGGCUCCUGCUGGCAAUGAAUAGUUAGUAUCAAGAUAGUUGCCAGUAUGGAAGAUGGGAGCCUUUAAUAUGAUCUGUACUUUAGAAAUACUUCUUCUUAGGAGUGUUGUUUUCAGCAGUGGUGAAGGCAAGGAAGAGAAAGUUCUCCAAUUUGUGUGUGUUCUGUGAUGCUAUGCCCACAGCAAGGCAUACAAUUGUAGUGAAAUCAUCAUUGCCAGCUACUCUCUUCCCAUUUUCAUGUUUAAUUAUAUUUAAAAACAAAUGAAAUUACAGCAAAAGCUACUUUACCUUUUGACUCUAUAGCACUCCAUGAUAUUUUUUUGAGUGUAUCAUCCAUAUUGUGUAGUUUCAGCCUUUCCUCUGUUCUUAUUAUUAUAUUCUCUUGUCUAGUUUUUAUUACAUAUUUUAAUCAUAUAUUUACAAUGAAGAAAUAUUGUAUGUAUUAUUUCAAAACUUUUUUCGUGUCUGAAGAUGUUUAACAUUUGAGUCUCUCAUAUUGUUUUAUCACUCAAAUAAAUUACAGCCAUGACAGAUUUUGUACCUAACUCCCUUUUUGGAAUAGUUCUCUUGAAUUCUUCAGGCGUACUCGGAAUUCACCAGUUGAAAUGGUGGGAUCUCGGCCUCCAAAGCUUGGUCAUUGGAAAUAAUCAGGUUUCAUUGCUCUGUAUGAAGAACAUUCUUGCUCACCAUUUGUUUGUUUUUUUCACAUAUCACAGCAUCACAUGCACGUUUACAAGUUUAGUUAGUGAUCAUACUGAAUAAUAAAAAUCAAGAAUUUGUCAUUAAAAAAAAUUUUUUUAACUUUCUAGAGGAAACUUCCCAUGAAGUACUUUUGAGUUGCACAAGGAAGGCUGUUUUAUAGCAUCUUGUAAAAUGGGAGUCCUGUCUAAUGUUCUUUUCAAGUAUACUUUUUUUAAAUGUCAUGAAACUUUUGGAGGGAUAAAAUUGUUGCCAGGUAUGUUAUGUGUGUGUUCUGUGAAAGCACCCACAGCACAGUUGCCUUUUGUUUCAUUUAUAAAUAUUGUAUAAUAUAACAGUUUGUCCCUACACAAUUGUAUUUGCCAAGCUUUGUGCAUUGAAAUAUUUUUAUUUAUUUCUUUUGGGCAGUAUUAAUAUAAUAAAUCUAUGGUUACUGUUUUAUAUAUUCUUAGAUCAUUCAAGCCAUGUAUGCUGUAAAUGUGCUAGUCUUUAGAAUGAAAAAUAUUAAUAAAGAACUGACAGUACUAAA